AUCCUAUUCUAGCUCUGCCACCGCAAGACUUACCCUCCUUGCAAGGAAAACAACUACAGCGUCAUAAAUAGGUUUAAGGCUUUUGUCGACUGUCGUCACGAAUAAAAAUUUGUCGUCCCCUUCAGAUCAAAUGAUCGCGUCUCCUAGAUGACCUUCCCUCCCCCUCCUCCUUCCUCCCAAUCGUCGAUUGCUUCUGGCACCGAUAAGUCUUCCUCAACCAGGCCUGGAAGGUCACAGCAAUCUGCCUGGGGUCCAUCUGUGUCCCAGUCCAGCGUUCGCCGUGGACUGACUCCGCUUGCGACCAACAAUCUCGCAUCAUCUUCCUUCCCCUCUGCCUCUUCCCGAGGGCCACCUCAGUCCAGUAGUCCUGGUCCGGGCGGUUCAACUUCCUCUCCCUUGACUUCCUCCUUCUCUGCGGUUCUGAGUUCCGCAAGAGGCCUCCCCGUCGGCCGGAACGCGCCCUCGCCUGCCUCCACACCUUCACCUUUCACCUCCUUCCAAUCUGGCUCGCAACAACAUCAGCAGGCCGCACAAUCUCUCUCUUCUCCAAAAUUUAGAUCUCACACCCCGUCGUCCGGGUCACAUCUGGCUUCCACAGCGGGUUCUAUCGCGGGUGGUGGAGGCUCCGGGGGAGGCGGAGGUGGGACGGGAUCUUCCAGAGGCGCCACUUUCUCUCCAUUGUCUUCUGGGACAACGGUGAACUCACCUACAGGUUUCCCUUCCGACAAACCAGGCUCGGCAGCGGCGGCUCACGCAAGUCAGUCUUCGCUGACAAAAAUAUCUAUCGCCCAGGUGUUUCUUCUCCUCGAUUCGAUCACGGAGAAAGAGGGUCGAGAGAAGUGGGAGACGAAAGCGGCCCAGAUUCACAAACUUGUUGAGUCCAACGGCAUGGAGGUCUUUUCCAAAUAUUUCCGGCGCCUUCUCACAGGCAAUGCCCCUCAGAUAUUUCCUGGUGUGAAUAAGUCUGUGGAAAAUGCUGGAAACUAUCCUCUCCUCGUACAGGAGAUGCAAAAGGUGUCUCAAGACAUCGAGCAGGCUCAGAAAAUCGCGGAGACGGUAGAUUCUUCCGAGGGCGAUAUCUUCCGAGACUUCGACCUUUCAACUUUCCUGGAUCAUUUUAAGCUUGAUCCAUUCUUGAAAGUCUCACUUGCGCUCGCUUUCAAGAUGGCUAAUAAGUCGGACUUGCGCGCAAAGGCUGAUGCAAUCCUUUCGAACUCGAUAACUCCCUUCCUGCAAAGCCUUGCAACGCCGUCCGAGAUAACCAAGGAUUACAAGAAUGCCUGUAUUGGGAUAACCAUUGAACGAUUUAUCUUGUAUCCCCCACGCAAUUUCACGGACGAUGUCAAGGCUAAGCUUGUAUAUGCCGCUAACCUGCGCUACCAGAGGCUAGGCGUAGAGAUGCCCUUUGAAAUUGCAUCUGCCCUGCAAAUGUUCAAUUUUAUCAACCCGAGGUACACUUUGGUCCGUCAACUGCACUCAAAGGGACCGAAAGCAACUUCAAACACGGACGCUGUGGCAGAGACUAUCAAUGCAGCUGGUGCCGAAUGCUGGAAUGAGGACCACGUUGCCAGUGCUCUGUUAUUCUUGGUUCUGUCUCAAUAUUGGCAGGAGUUCUCCCUUGAAACUUUUCUUGCAGCUGUGAAGUCACAUUUCGGCGAAAAACAAAUUAGCUGGCCUCUAAUUUUCCGAAACUUCGACCGCGAAGGUUUGCGAUUAGAUGCGAAGCAAUUUGCCAACCUCUACUCGGCUCUCUUGUCAGUAGCUUCUGAGGAUUCGAGUCUCGAUAUCCAAAAACUGUGGGGAGGAGACUGGGAACACCGUGACACUCAACUUUCCUUUCUCACGGCCUUCAUUGUCUCCCGAACAGAUGUAUCGCAAAUACCUAAUCUGCGCGCCACUUUCCCACCUGAUUUCUUUGCGGAAGGGCCGGAACUUGUCCGUUUGCAAGGAGAGCGGGCAGCGAAAUCGCCUCUGAGGUCUUUGGAUGCUAUGAGAGCUUUAUUUGACCUUUCGUUGUUCUCCCAGACUACAUGGGCUGUCGCCGAGAGCCAACUGCUUAUCAAGGCAAUCGUUCAAUACGACCUUCCCGUGUUCUUAUGCUCAGCGUUGACCCUUCCACAGCCUUGGACAACCGUCCAGCAAAGCUUUGUCCUUCGGACGCUUGUCGUUUUUAUAUUGAAACAAGAGGAAGGGUACCAGCUAGCGUUGCAUGGAGCGUGGCAUCAAGAUAAACAGUGGGUUGCAGAGCAACUUUUCACUACAUUUACUCAGGAUCCUACUUCUACCGCUGCCAUUUACGAGCAUGCUGUCGAAUACAGUUGGCUGGAUUAUCUACUGGGAUACACGAAUGGUCUCGCUAUGGACCUUGCUUGUUACGCACAUCGUAAGGGGCCUUUCGACUUAGAACAAUGGGUCCGCAAUGCUGCUCAGAAGGGCCCCAUGGACAUGGGUAGCUUAUUGUCCAAGUUUCUAAGAAUUAAAGCCGAGGACGAGCUUCAUGUACAGAGGAAAGAGCAACCAGCACCACAGAUGGUCAGCCUUUCUGUGAAGACCGUCUAUACCUUGCUAUCGGUGCUGGAAGAAUACGUUGGCGACCGUGAAAAUCUCACCCCAGUCCAACGGAUUUGUAUUCAGACGUACCCCAGGCUGAUCAACUAUGGAGAAGGAUUCGAUGAUAUCAUUGAUGCCAACGGUGAGAACGGAAACUCUCUACCGGAGACAGUUGAUAAGCAGAUGCAAGAGUUGUUUGGCAAGAUGUAUCAUGAAGAGUUGUCCUUAAGGGAAAUCCUCGAAUUGAUGAGACGGUAUAAGUCCUCGCGCGAUCCAGCUGAACAGGAUCUAUUCGCCUGCAUGGUUCACGGUCUCAUUGACGAAUAUCACUGCUACCAUGAGUACCCGUUGGAAGCCCUAACAAAGACAGCUGUCAUGUUUGGCGGUAUCAUCAACUUCCGCCUUGUUGACGGGAUCACUUUGAAGGUCGGUCUGGGCAUGAUCUUAGAGGCUGUGCGCGAACAUGACAUGCACGACCCAAUGUACAAAUUUGGAGUAGAAGCUAUCGAGCAAUUGAUCAACCGACUCCCAGAAUGGGCUGGCUUCUGUCAUCUCCUAUUGCAGAUCCCGACUCUACAGGGCUCUCCAAUUUUCCAAAAGGCGGAAGAAGUGCUACACGAACAAGGAAGCCAGGCUAGAGACUCGGAACCUAGCAGACUUGAUAACACUUCUGCCGGGUCUUUGACUAACGGUAAUGUCGAAGAGACUACGACUGCUGAUGGAUCGAGUCGUAAAUUCAUCUCCGUACAUGUUGACUCCCCUCUCCGACCCGAGGUCUACAGGGAUCCGGAUGAGGAUGUACAAGACAAGAUCCUGUUUGUAUUGAACAACGUAUCGGAGCAGAACAUAGAGGAGAAGCUACGGGAUCUCACCGAUGUUCUUCGCGAUCAACAUCAUCAAUGGUUCGCUUCCUAUUUAGUGGAAGAACGAGCCAAGUUGCAGCCCAACUUCCAGCAACUAUAUCUUGAUCUUCUUGAUCGCAUUAACGAUAAGGUACUCUGGGCGGAAGUUCUGCGGGAGACCUAUGUCAGUGUUUCCAAGCUGCUUAAUUCCGAGGCCACGUUGAAUAACUCCACCGACCGUGGCCAUCUCAAGAACCUCGGGUUAUGGCUUGGGUCCCUUACCAUUGCCAAAGACAAGCCUAUCAAGCACAAGAAUGUUUAUUUCAAGGGGCUUCUCUUGGAGGGUUAUGACAGCCAACGCUUGACGAUCGUGAUCCCAUUUACCUGUAAGGUGUUGGUCCAGGCUACCAAAUCUACAGUAUUCAACCCCCCAAAUCCUUGGCUCAUGGAUAUCCUGGCUCUCUUGAUGGAACUCUAUCACUUUGCAGAGUUGAAACUGAAUCUCAAAUUUGAGAUAGAGGUUCUGUGUAAAGAUCUUGACCUUGACCACAAAGUCAUUGAACCAUCCGUCAUCAUUCGAGACCGUUCCGCGCACAUUGAAGAUGCAUUGUCGACAGCCAACAUCCCUGAAGGUCUUGAAGCUUUCGAAGACAUGGCACUUACCGGAAUUAACCAAGGCAUCCGCCACGAAAGGCUAUCGCCUGCCGCUAUUAUGUCCACACUGCCAAGCUUAGAUAAGAUUCUCGUCUUACCUUCGUCCGCAAGCAGCAUGGUUGACCCCAAUGUUCUUCGGCAAAUUGUUCACAGUUCCGUGGAGCGUGCUAUUGCAGAGAUUAUAACUCCCGUGGUAGAGCGGUCGGUAACCAUCGCCUCCAUCUCCACCGUUCAGUUGGUAUCUAAGGAUUUCGCGAUGGAGCCCGACGAAGAAAAGGUCCGACACGCGGCCAGCAUAAUGGUCAGGCAACUUGCUGGUAGCCUGGCUCUGGUCACCUGCAAAGAGCCCUUGAAGGUCAGCAUGACGAAUUAUAUCCGUAUGAUUCAGCAGGAGUAUUCGGACCAGCCCAUGCCGGAGGGGCUUGUUUUGAUGUGCGUCAAUGAUAACCUUGACGCUGCCUGCGGUAUUGUGGAGAAGGCAGCAGAAGAAAAGUCUCUUCCAGAGAUCGAGAAGGUUAUCGAGCCACAACUAGAAGCUCGUCGGCGUCAUCGUGCGGCCCGGCCUAAUGAACCGUUCAUUGAUCCAUCAAUGAAUCGCUGGGGACUUUUUAUUCCCGAGCCUUACCGGCAGGCACCCAGUGGACUCAACAAGGAACAGUUGGCUAUCUACGAAGAGUUCGCUCGCCAGUCUCGUGGGCCGGCAACGACUCAUAUCCCGAAUGUUUCGACUGACUCUGGCCGCAUCCAAGAUGUUCUACAAGAUCCUUAUACUGCUAUACCCAACCUCUCCACACCUGCCGAGCAGCCUGCUGUACCUCAUAGAACACCUCAAGCGCAGCAGGAUAGCAGAUUGCAGCAGACUGGACUUGUUGGUACGCAGUCUCAAUUAAAUGGAUUCCUUGAAGCACAAAGCCCACGCGAAAAGGUUGAAAGCAUUAUUUCCGAUCUUCAACAAGCUGCCCGAAGUGCGCCUGAGGAGCGUGUUAGAGACCUUGGAAGAGACAGUGGUGUCUUACAGGAAUACAACCAAGCCUUGCGGGCUAUCCUUGCAUCACCCAACGGCGAGGAGCUGGCGCGGCUGACGUCUCUCAAGAUCUGCACAGUCCUAUUCUCUCAAACCCAAGACACACUAGAGAUUGAAGUGCUCGUGCAUCUUCUUGCCAAGCUGUGUGAUAUGUCGUCUCUGGUCGCACGAUAUACCUGGGCCGUCCUAUCAGAGGUUGAUGAUGAGCACAUGUUCAAUGUUCCAGUUACAGUCGCUCUCAUCGAUGCUGGGCUUUUGGAUAUUCGUCGUGUCGAUAUGAUACUAACAAGGCUCAUCCUUCAGAAAAAUACGAGUGCCCUAGAUGUCCUUGCCAAUCUGAUGGACCGUGUUCUCUUCAGCGAGGAACCUUCGGCCUUGAGGUCUGACUUUUCUGGCAGUCUAGAAGCCAUGAGUCAGUGGCUUGCAGAAGACUCAAGCCUUUCGACUGCCAACGAUAUCAUCCACAAGUUGCGCGAGUCUGGAAUUCCUGAAGUUGUCAACCCCCUACUCAGCGACAAAGCAAGGUCGAAACGCGAUCAAAUGGAAUACAUCUUCAGCGAGUGGAUUGGCAUUUAUAAAGCGCCAGGUGCAAUCGAUCGCACAUAUUAUUCUUUCCUGAAAGAUAUCCAUCAAAGACAGGUUAUGGACAAUCAAGAAGAUUCUGCCCUAUUCUUCCGUCUUAGUAUUGAUAUCUCCGUUGCAAUGUUUGAGCAUGAGUCGCAAAAUCCCAACGGCAGCCUUGAUGAAGCCUACCUCUACAUUGAUGCCCUCGCCAAGCUCGUGGUGCUUCUUGUGAAAUUCCAAGGUGAGACGCCAGGAGCUACGAAGACCAGCAAGUCUGUCUACUUCAACUCUAUCCUAUCAUUGCUUGUGCUUGUCCUCAAUCACCAUCAUGUUAUGAGAGGGGAAGCUUUCAACCAGCGCGUCUUCUUCAGGCUCUUCUCAAGUAUCCUCUGUGAAUAUUCCAUGAAUGGCCUUCAACAUAGCGAUCAACAUCAGGAGAUGAUGUUUGCCUUCGCUAAUAAAUUCCUGUCACUUCAACCGAAAUACUGCCCCGCCUUUGUUUUCGGGUGGUUGUCGUUGGUCUCGCACAGGUUCUUCAUGUCAGGUAUGCUGAACAUGCCAGAUCGAACUGGCUGGGGGCCAUAUUGCGAGAUCAUGCAAGCUCUCCUUGCGUAUAUAGGGGAGCAACUUAAGCCCGCAAAUAUCUCCGCUAUUAUCAAAGAUCUGUAUAAGGGUGUGCUGCGCAUCUUGCUAAUCUUGCACCACGAUUUCCCCGAGUUUGUGGCAGAAAACCAUUUUCAAUUCUGCAAUGUUAUCCCUGCCCACUGUGCUCAGCUUCGGAACCUUGUCCUGAGUGCUUAUCCGUCAUCCUUCCAUAAACUUCCAGACCCAUUUAGAGAGGGCCUGAAAGUUGAACGGCUGGAAGAAAUGCGAGAAGCCCCAAAAAUCGCCGGUGACACUGCGGCUCCUCUACAGCAUGCCAACAUCAAGAGUGUGGUCGACACUUCGCUUCAGAGCGGAAAUGCGUCGGAAGCGGCUCUGCAGCAGAUCUGUGAAGCCGUGUACAAUCCAACCACCAAAGAGACCGGCAUCUUCUACACGCCAAUCAACGUCAACGUGGUGCUUCUGAACGCUCUGGUGCUUUACGUCGGUCAGAGCGCUGUUUCUGCCAAUGCAUCCAAGGGCAACACUCGCGCAGCAUUUGACAACUCCCCCCAUUCCGCACUCCUGGAAAGGCUUGCCAAAGCUCUGCGACCUGAAGCGCGCUACUACCUUCUAAGCGCAAUGGCAAAUCAGCUUCGGUAUCCCAAUAGCCACACGUACUUCUUCAGCUUCGCAAUCCUCCGCCUGUUUGGUGCCGACUACUCGGAACAGGAUGAGUCCGAUAUCCGUCAGCAAAUUAUCCGGGUGCUUCUCGAGCGGCUUAUCGUUCAUCGUCCUCAUCCUUGGGGAUUGAUUAUCACCCUGCAGGAACUGCUCCAGAAUCGGAGCUACACUUUUUUCCGUCUUCCAUUUAUCCAGGCCGCGCCUGAGAUCGGUCGUUUAUUUGAUGCUCUCCUGCAACACAUUCAGCAACAAAGCCCUAGAGCGCUGGCCUAGGCACUUGACGAAGAAUCAUCACCUUCACUAUAUUCUCUAUUAAUACGAAGAACUUGACCUUGCCACGAUGUCUUACCUAUUUCUGAGAUGAAUGUUUCCAUGGUGAUUGCCGACGCCGCUCAUGACAUGUAGCAUCCACAUUACGGAGCUCUAUUGGGGUGUAUGAUUUGAAGGGUUCUUUUUAUUUAUUUUUGCUCUUUAGUGGCCCGUCUGUACUGCUUUUAUCUCGUUAUCAUUUCUCGGUUGGGUUUCAGGGAGGGAUAUGCAUACCAUUAAGACAUGUCAGCAUGGUUUAAAGCUACAUGAAGCCUUCUUAUCUUCGAUUUUAUCCAUUACCUUUUCUUUUCCUCUUUUUCUUUUCCAAUUCCUUUCUCCCUUGUACUUCUGUUGGACAUUUGUGUCACUCCUGUUCUGGUGGCCUGUAACGAUAAGUAUAAAAAUAUGGGGUAUAAUGAGGGCUUUGCUUUACUAUUGCAUUCUAAAUGGCAUUGGAGUUUACUCUGGUCAAGGAAUCCUCGAUUGCACAAUUUUAAGCAUUCAACUGUAGGAUGGGGUUGAUGUAUAUGCUCCUAGA